AUGAACCAUCCAUCUGAAGAUAUAAAAUCAUCAAUUUCAAGACCUUCAACUCCUCCUUUAUUCAACAUUGGAUCCCCAGAUUUCAAAAACUUCAAAUCAUGGGUACGAUCCUCACCAUUUGGAAAUGAUUCAGAUCAAGGGAAAGAUCAAAUUCAAUUAUCUGAUAUGGAUUUUGAAGCUGCUUAUGCCAUGUUUACUGCUCAAACGCCACCACAAGUUCCAGGAACACCACCAUCACAUCAAAUUCCAUUAACAAGUUCAAAUUCACCAAUAACAAAUUAUACUCAAGAAAUUCAUCAACAAAUUCAUGAUCUUCAACAAAAUCAUCAAAAAAAUAAUGGAGGGAAUUCUAAAAUCAGUAUGACAAGUCCUGGAAUUGCACAAUUUUUAACAAAUUCGCCAAAUUUAUCACCAUCAGAUUUAGAUUCUUUUGGAAUUUUCCAAAAUUAUGAUGAAUUAUUAUCUGCAAAUGAAAGUAAUGCAAUUGAACAAUUUCUUGAUAGUAUAAUGGAUGAAAAAUCUUCAAAUAAACAAAAUCAACAGAGAGCACAAUCAUCUCAGCAAAAACAAUUACAAACCCCACAACCUGUUCAACCAUUACAACCUUUAACUGCAUUACAACCGGAUCCAAUGCCUCCAUCACCAAAUGAAGAAUCCUCACAAAGUUUACAACCACAUGUCCAAAUAUUCCCCAAAACUUCCAAACUUGAAGAGACUCAACACCUUAAUUCCAAUGAGAAUAAGAGAUGUAGUAUAGACACACCAUCACCAAAUACUUCAAGUACUUCAAACACACCAAACACUUCAAUAUCAAUAACAUUAAACAAUUCAACAAAUUUAAACAUCCCACAAGAUUAUAAUAAUUCAUUCCCUAAGGAACUGGGUAUAUCAAACAUAACACCUUCAAUACCUAAUACAAGAUCUUCAUCAAAUUCAUCAAAUUCCUCAGUGAUAUCAAGACAAUAUAAAAAAAGAAAAUUACUUACUGAAGAUGAAAAAAAAUAUAAUCAUACAAGUAGUGAACAGAGAAGAAGAAGUAUUAUAAAAAAUUCUUUUGAUAAUUUAGUUCAAUUAUUACCAAAUGUGAGAAAUACUAAAAAACCAACAAAAUCUGUUGUAUUGGAAAAUACAGCUUAUGAAAUUGAAAGAUUAAUUAGUAUUAAUAAUGAAUUAAGAAAACUACUGGAUAGUAAUUAA